UAAGAGUAGGAAAGUUAAGAUUCUGUGGUUCUUUCGUCCCUGUGAGAUUUUAAACUUUUUGGAAGGUUACGAGACGCUUGAUAACGAGUUGUUUAUGGCAUGUGGUGAAGGAUUAGGGCUUUCAAAUAUUAAUCAUCUGAAGGUUGGCUGCAAUUGUGGUGGCAAUGCGGUUGCAGAGGUCCCAAAAACCUGGAUGCCGUGGGCUUGCGGCUGCAAUCGUUGUUGUGGACCUUUAUUUAAACCUUGCAUGAUGCUAAUACUGUUGUUGUGUCAAGUGUUCAAAAUUUAAACUUGUUGUUAAAAUUGAAUUUUAUAAGAGAAAGAAGGUAGAUCACUUAUUCAAUUUUUAGGGGUUAGUUAACCUGCCAAACCUAAAGACACCAUGCAAAAAGGCUUCAGUGUGGUAACUUCUUUACGGCGGGCCAUGGCAGCUGCGGCAUCCAUGGUGGAAAAACUGAAAAACAUGUAAUGGGACCAGGUAGCAUGACUAACACAGAACAUAAAGUCCCAUGGGUGAAAAACCUCAUAACAAAGUUUCAACCUCUCAAACAUGCUUUCACAGUUCUGUUUCAACAGACACCGCUCUCUCCAUCAAUCCAUGCAUCCUUUGAUUCCUUUCUCCUUCGCAAGUCGCAAACCACUGAGCCUUUUCCUGUUUUUUUAACUCCAUUUGUCAUCUCCUUUUUCUCGUCCUUAACUUUUUCUGUUCUUUUUCCUUUUUUAUGCUACUUUUUGUCCUGCUCUUUUUUUUAUUUCCUUCAAUUCUGAUUACACAAAUUGUUGGUAAGGAUUAGAUGAACAAACCACUUUUCAAACCAAGCAAUAACACAAUUUUUUUUAAGAGACAGGAAGAUAGUGAAAUAAUGAGGAACGUUGCUUGAAUUGGUAGAGAAUUAGGGGGGUGAAUAAAUAAGGAGAAUUAAAGAAGUAAACAGAGAAAACACAAUGAAAACAAAGAGAAAGCUACAAGAAAAUUGAAAACAAAGAAAAUAGAGAAUGAAAAAGAGAGAUUCUUUCAGCCAAGUUUCUUCAUUGGGCAACAGUGUCAUCUGCCAUAUCUAUAUGGUGGACUGGCUGGUGCCAUAAUCCACCAUUUGUCAUUGUUAACAUGUGGUAUAUCUUUUCGCAUUCUUCAUGACAGGAUCUGCUUGGCAAAUUCCACCUGGUGGGAAAAAAUUACUUCAAUUGUUGUAGCAUUUCCCUUUAAUGGAAGCUAUUGCUGGAAAAUGCAAUGUUGUUUGCUUUUCUAAGGACGGCAGGAAUCCACAUCCAUUAGAUGAAGAACUUCAAAAUGCCGACUUUGUAUGCUAUUGUUUCUUUGAUGUUGGGAGGCAUAAAAUAUUGGACAAGACAGAUGACAAAAUUGCUGGAAUUGAAGUUAAAAAUAUUUUUAACAAUUUAGAUAGUCAAAAGCUUGGUGGUCUUUUGAGACUUGAUUUAGAUGGGAAAGAUGUUAGUGCUAAAGUCACGACAAAUAAUGAAGCGGUGGCUCUUUCAAGUGAAAAAAACAAUCAGCUUUUGAUUGAUAAACUAGAUGGCAAGCGUUAUGACACUGGUGAUUCUAAGCCAUCAUUUGGAGAAAAAUGCACCUCUAGCCUUGGUUUAAAGGACGCAAAUAAAUCGAAUGAUGGCUUGAACUCUAUAUCUCGUGACAAGACCUUGCCUCUAGCCAAAGAAAAAGAGAAUGGUGUUUGUAAGGCUUUGGCUAAACAAAAAUCAUCCACCAAACUAUCACAUUCUUCUAGAGAUGGUUUGGAAAUGACAGGAAACUCUAAAACCGGAGGCAAUGCUUUUUGUUUAGCCAAGAUUGAUUCAGAAGAUACUGUUGGUGUCCCCGAUCGACAAAUCAACAAGCGAUUGGUGGAGGGCAAGGCUUCUGAAAAGGAAAAAUAUGGCGUUUCUAGUGCAAAUAAAACGAAUGAUGUGCAUAAUCGAAGGAAUUAUGACAAUGCAAAAAUUUCAAACACUAGACCAAAUGUCUCUAUGGAUAACACCUUUUUGAAGUCUAAGAUUGAUUUAGAAAAGGGUGGACGCGAUAUUGUUGGUGUCCCCGAUAGACACUUCAACAAGCAAUUGAUGGAGGGCAAGGCUUCUGAAAAGGAAAAAUACGGCGUUUCUAAUGCCAUGAUAACAAAUGAUGUGCAAAAUCGAAGGAAGCAUGAUAAUGAUGUGAAGGAAGUCCCUUCGAAAAAGCUAAAGACCGACACAAUGUCAACAAAACACUCUGCUGACAAGUUUCGUAAAGAAUCUUCUACAGCUUCUCCAAACGUGGAACACAGGCUAGAUUAUCGUGUAAUGGAAGUUACUCAGAGACCCGAUAUUGAUAGAAGCAAAUGGUUUAAACCAAUGCCUUGGGAGGAAAGAAUGAGAAAUGCCCAUGAACAAGGAAAACUUGUGCUGCUUGAAAAUUUGGAUCCUUCUUUAACUUCAUCAGAAGUACAGGAUAUUAUUUGGCUUGGCUUUAAAGAAAGUUGUACUGUGAUGGUGAUCCAGAAAACUGCAGAAUCUAGUCCUCAUUCUGGUCAAGCUUUUGUUAUAUUUAAAAGAAAGGAAGCGGCAGAGUCUGUUAUUAGAAAAUUAGAGGAGGGCUGUUUCUUGAUGUCAAAUGGGCGCCCACUUGUGGGAAGCUUUGGACUUCCUUGCUUUCCGGAAAAGAAGCCAAUAUUUUAUGGUCAUCAUGUUAAUGAUCAUCUUCGAUUGCAAACACAACGUGAGAUGAAAGAUGCUGUAUCUACUUCACAUUGUUCUCAGCCAAACAACAUUGAGUACGAUAUGGCCGUAGAGUGGUGUUUACUCCAAGAAAGAGCAGACAAAUCUUGGAGAAGACUGUAUCAGCGACAAGGCGAGGAGUUGAGAAAACUCAAAGCUAAGUUGAAUGUUAAAAUCUAAACGAUCUCCACUGACCCUUCUAAUUAUUGUUGAAAGUGAGACUGACUUUGUUCACUGAGGUUGUGGCAUGUCUGGCAAUUUUUUCGGUUCAGAGCUUUAAAUAUAAUUAGUUUUGUUGCCAACCACCUGGCUAGCUGAUGAACAUUUUGUUGCCCGGUCCAAUUUCACUGUUGUUGUAUUAUAUAUAUAUAGUUUCUUUUCUUUGAUGGAAACUUCAUUAUUUUUUUUAUGUAAUUCAAUUCUUAUGAAGUGUUGAUCGUUUUCGA